UUUACUCACGUCUUGCGUCAACUCAAAAUCGAAGUAGAUUUCUCCAGGCGUACACUCUUUAUUUUAUGCAUUGCAAUAAACAUUUUGUACAUAAAUUCUUUAACAUGGCCUGCUUAAAACCACGGGAGCUUGCAGCUGUAAAGGAAUCUCCUUAAGGAAUACCUCUUAUGGGAUCGAAAUCUACGCCUCUUUCAGCCAAGAUAACGUUAUUGCAUCUAUUAGCAAAACUUGCUAGCUAAGAAGCUAGCGCUAGCACUACCCUACCGUCGAGCUAGCUAUGCAUUAGCACUUUAGCCUAGCUCGCUAACCAGUGACAACUGACAAAGGGCACGGAUGAUGUGAUCCUGAACAUGCUGGAGUGAAAAACAAAGCUUUUCCUGUUUUUGUCAUUACCAACUACAAUUGAUACACACUUUAAGUCUCACUUUAUAAGAAAAAUCCGUACAGCAUCCCUGUCUGCAGUUCCUUCUGCACUUGAACCAUGUGAGGGCCCCUCGGUCCAGCCUGAGGGGAUCCCAGGACUGUGGUUACAAAUACGACCCCGCUGUGCGGGGUGGGACUGAUCCUGUCUGUGUCUGAGAGAGCAGUCUUUCCAGUGCCCCGAUCCACAUAUUCCCGUUCUCCUUACCAAGGAGACACGCCAUGAUGUUCCGAGACCAGGUAGGUAUCCUCACAGAUUGGUUCAAGGGCUGGAAUGAGUGUGAACAGACGGUGGCACUGUUGUCCCUCCUGAAGAGGGUGUCCCGCACCCAGGCUCGCUUCUUACACAUCUGCCUUGAACACUGGCUGGCAGACUGCACAGAGAUCCACAUCCUUGAAGCUGAGGCCAACAAUGCAGCAAUUGUCAGCCAGUGGCAUCAGGAGCCAAAGGAGAAAGUUGUGUCCUUGCUGCUGUCCCAUCUGCCUCUGCUGCAGCCACGCAACAGCGAGGCCAAAUGUGAGUACAUGAAGCUGCUGCAGAAGGUCUUGAGUCACACUAUUGAGAGUAGCCUGUUUGUUGAAGAAAGCAGGCAGCUGCUGUCCUACGCGCUCAUCCACCCUGCCACCACACUGGAUGACCGCACCUCUCUGGCCAUGUGGCUAAACCACCUGGAGGAGCACCUAUCCAGUGGCUACACGCCACGGGCCCCAUCUAGCCCAUACCACCCGCGCCAGGGCUCAGAUGAAUGGCCCAGCUCUGCUGAAGCUCUGGACCCUGGCCACGCCUGGCACGACCAGUCCCCCUCAUCGAGCACGUCUCCUGCAGGCCAGAACGGACACAUGUCUUUCCCAGGUGGGAUGUCCUCUCCCAUCAACAGCAACAACACAGGUCUGUGUGGGCAGAUGCAGCCCAGCCCUCUGAAGAAGUCCAUGUCCGUUAUUCCUUCCUGUCCCCAGGCUUGUGGCUCUGAAUGGGUUAGCCAGGAUGACAUAGGGGGCCGGCAGAACUUCAUUCUAACAGACCACGCACCCCUUUCACCCCAGAGUAGCGUCGCCUCCUCAGGCAGUGAGCAGACGGAAGAACAGGGCUCUGCUCGCAACACCUUCCAGGAGGAUGGUAGUGGCAUGAAAGAUGUUCCCGCAUGGUUAAAGAGUCUCCGCCUUCAUAAAUAUGCAACACUUUUCUCCCAGAUGACCUAUGAGGAGAUGAUGAUUCUCACAGAGCAACACUUGGAGUCACAGAACGUCACUAAAGGAGCACGGCAUAAGAUCGCCUUGAGCAUCCAGAAACUGCGAGAGAGGCAGAGUGUGCUCAAGUCUUUAGAAAAGGAUAUUUUGGAAGGGGGAAACCUGCGUAAUGCCCUUCAAGAAUUGCAACAGAUCAUCAUCACCCCCAUCAAGGCCUACAGUCCAGCCAGUGCAGCACAGACUGCUCUUGACACGGCCGCCGCCUCGGACACAGCCACCCCCCCUUCAGAAGUUACAAAAACAGGAACAGACAAGGACCCGGCCUCAGAGGGCUUCCAGUCCCAUAACCCACCUCCCUGUGAUGGAGACUCCUCAGCCACACCCAUCUCAGACGGCGACAUUGCUGGACAAUUCACCCGUGUCAUGGGUAAAGUGUGCACCCAGCUGCUGGUGUCAAGGCCAGAUGAGGAGAAUAUCAGCUGUUACCUACAGCUCAUUGAGAAGUGUCUGACACAUGAGGCUUUUACAGAAACUCACAAGAAAAGGCUGGUCUCCUGGAAGCAGCAGGUCCUCAAACUGCUACGCCUGUUCCCUCGGAAAGCUAUGCUGGACAUGCCUGUGUACAGACAGAAAGGCUGGACCUAUGGGUCCAACUCCCUCCCCACAGCAGGCUCUGUGAGUGGAGUUGUAGGGCGGCGGGGACAAAGGCAGUUCCAGAUGACUACUCGUGGUCUCCCAGCCGGGCGCAUUGGCCUUCUGAGUCCCGGCGGGAUCGGGGGAGCGUCUUCACGCCACACACUUACUAGUCCUGCGCUUGCAGGCCAGGGUAGACAGAACCUGUGGUUUGCCAACCCUGGCGGCAGUAACAGCAUGCCAAGUCAGAGCCGCAGCUCGGUGCAGCGGACCCACUCACUCCCUGUCCACACUUCCCCACAAACCAUGCUCAUGUUCCAGCAGCAAGAAUGCCAAGUUCCAGGCGCUGACCUGGAGAUCAACCCCACGCUGGAGUCACUGUGCCUCAGUAUGACAGAGCAUGCCUUAGGGGAUGGAACAGACCGGACAUCAACAAUAUGAAAAGAAGAAAGGAAAAAUACACUUCAUUUGAGGCCUGUUUAACUCCUCUUCACCCAGCACAAAGAUAUACGUAUGCUUAAGAAAACCAGGCAAAGCAGUCACUACAAAAUGACAAAAAAACUGUGUAUAUGUUCUCUAAUAUUUUUGUACUUUAUUAUAUACAACUAAGUUUAUUAAAAAUGGAAUACAGAUGAUUAUUAUAUUGCAGGACAGAGAAAAAGACAAGGCAAACUGCUCCAUGUCACCUGCAGGACUGUGACAUGAUGUGCAGAGGCUCAGUUUGCCGUGGUCUGAGAGAAAAACGGUGGAUUGGUGCUGUCUUAAAGGGCUCGGGCCCUACAAGUUACUCUUCUUUUCCUCCUGCCUUGGAGCAAGGCUUCUUUCCAGAACACACAGACAGCCACAGCCCCUGCAACACAUAAUGUGUAGAUUCAGAAAAUGUCCACCCAAAAGUGAGGCACUUUUAAUAAAUGAUCUCUGAUAUUAGCCACUAAACUGUAAUUGGCCCUAGGAUGCCCUCACAGAGGUUCCACUUGUAGACAGGUAUUAAUAAAGUAACACCAAUACACUUCCUAGCCAACCCAAUUGUUCUAUAAGCAGUGCUAGUGAGGGCCUGUGUUGGUUGAACAUUUGAAAGCUUUCUUUGGUUUGUUUUUUUUAAAUCCACAUUAGAGUACAAGUUUUUGUGGCAAAAGGAGGACCAAAAGGAUUGAGGAAAAGCUUGUAACAAACCACAGGCAUUCUCUGUGUCUUGGUCGCUUUCCCUUAACACAUCAAAGCAGAAGUGACUGUCCUCCUGUAAACGUCUACAAAGCCAAAGAGAAGGGUUGUGCGAUUGUUAAUUUCAGAUGGAUAUUUGUAGUGAAAUCUUUUUUUUUUUUUUUAAGAACAGCAGACUGAAUAAUUUAUGCCAGCUGCAAUUUGUCCCUGUUAUUUUAUGUCCUACUAGCUACAUAAAUGAUGAUGAAUCUCAUUUUGUGCCAAGGAAUCCCCAGAGGGGUGAACAAGGGCUGGUGAGGUUUGUACUGUGUGCAAGCUGAUUUGAUAUUGAAUUGAUAAAAGCGAGGAGAGUAGAGUGUUUUCAAUUUACACUUUAAUGCUGGGUGAGAAAACUAAAUGAAACCCAUCUCAGCCCUCUGGCCUCCUUAUGAUUGGCUUUGGAAAAUGAAGCUUGAUCUUGUAAUAAAUGCUUGAGAGCGCAGCCUCACCCUCGCGGUGCCCUCAUCCUCAAACGGCCAACGUGAUGAUUUGAUGAAUCAUACUUUUCAAGGUGCUUGACAAUGUCCAUAUUUUCUGUUAGUGUUUCAAUGUGUUUCAGUCUCAGAACCCUAACAUCAUCAUGUGGUAUCAGUGUUGAAUCAAAAACCUGUUUUAUACAGCCUCUGUCUUUGAAUGUGGCAGAGCGGAGGUGCAUGUAUGUGUAAUAUGGUCUUAACCUUUGGAUCACUUUUGGUUGCAUCAUAAGGCAGGGAUAACCAUUCACGUUUUCUUUCAGCAGAGCCAUAGGAGGUCUGUUUAGUAAAGAUGGUUAUUUACAGAUAUCUUUUCCAAUUGUAUUUUUUACUCUCCCUCGAUAUUGAUAACUUAUGCUUAUUUUCUAUAAUCGCAUGUUUUGCCACACUAAUACAGCACUGUUGUAGAUAGAGGACAUGGUGGUUGAUGGUGCCCAGAGUCACCAACGACUAGAGAGCAGAAAUCGUGCGACUCAUCAUGUAUGUUUAUACCGCCUAAAUGUCACUGUUUACAUCUCUCUUGAAUAACGCCCAAUUCAUCUUAUGCGAUGUCACAAAUACUCCAUUGUCUCACUAUGUAACGCAUUAAAGAACUGAAGCCUUCUCGCACAUGAGCUGGCUUGGUAGAGCCUAAAAACAAAAGCUUUCUACUCCCUAAUCCAUGGACUCUGUGUGAGUCUCUGUAUGAGACGUGUAAUGCCUGUUUUUCUAGUUAUGCGGUGAUGAGAGAACAGCUUUCCUGGCUAUGUGUUUGAACCGUUAGCUGUCAUGUCCUGAUAAACUGUUCAUGUGGUGCCUGAAAUGCACAGCUCCAGCAUCUUCAAUAUGUUGAUUUAAUGGUCUUCAGUAGUAUUCUAGUCAUGGAUUUCUUCAGAGCAGGCUCUUGGAUAGAUCGGACUUACUAAAAGCAUAACACUCAUACCCACAAAGGAUUUAUGUGAGUUAACAAUGCUGAUAACUUUAAGACUUGGCUAUCUUAUUUUUUAACCAUUCACUAUACUGUAUAUCAAUGUGUUAUGUUACAAAUGGCUCAGAUGAUCCUUUUCAUAGCCUCUGUAGCUUUAAACAGACUACAUAUUAAUGUGAAUGGACACAGAGGUACAGUGCAUCCGAUUUCUACAAGUGUCUGUGCAUAAUGAAGAUGCAGCAGGGGAUGACAAUGCUUAUCUGAGCCACAAAUUAUGUGAUUAUGAGUAAACAGAACACUAUAACAGGCCAAGGAAUAUGUUUACUCCAUGUUUACAUUCCAGUGAUGCAUGAAACGAGUUGGGAAAUGCACUUCACAUGUUAAGCCUGGUGUAUGUUCACAUACCAAGCAUCCACUAGGAGGUACAGAGCCUGUGUCUUAUGAAGAUGUCUACCAAGUGGUCCCAAGAUCAUGUUAAUGUCCCUGCCAGGCUAAAUUAUUAAAUUAAUGCAGCCAGCUGUAGGCUGUUUUACAUAUAUUUGUCUUGUACAAUUUAUAUUUAAUUCUGAUAACUCCCUGGACAUUUUCUAAUAUUUUAUGAACCUUUUGCAUCCCAUGCUUACUCUACUUUUUUACUGUCACUCAUAAUGUGUGAAUGGUCUGAAGUGCAGAAUUCGUCGGAUCAUUGACAGUCCAAAUAAAGAGGUUCGGUUCUUUUGCAA